CGGGGCGGGGCCGGCGGGACAUGGGGCAGCGCGGCCGGGACGCGGGGCCGGGGCCGGGGCCGGGGCCGGCGGGGAGCGGCGCCAUGCGGAGCCUGAACCAGCUGCGCGCCGAGCAAUUCUCAGCACUGACUGAUGUAGUCUUCAGCUUUUUAACAGAGCCCAAGGAGGUAGAAAGGUUUCUGACUCAGCUCUCUGAAUUUGCCACCAUGAAUGAAAUCAGCCUAGGUCCUCUGAAAAAUAUUAUCAAAAGUAUCCUCUUGAUACCUAAUGGGGCCCUGAAGAGGAAUCUGUCAUCUGAACAAGUCCAAGCAGAUUUCAUUGCUCUGGGGCUCAGUGAAGAGAAAGCCAGUUAUUUUGCAGAGCAGUGGAAGCUGAAUUCCCCCACUCUGACACGCCUGGCUGUUGGACAGACACUGAUGAUUAACCAGCUUAUAGACAUGGAGUGGAAAUUUGGAGUGACUGCAGGGAGCAGUGAACUGGAAAAAGUGGGAAGUAUCUUCUUACAGUUGAAACUGGUGGUUAAAAAAGGAAGCCAAACGGAUCACGUGUAUGUAGAGUUAACAUUGCCGCAGUUCUACAGUUUUCUGCAUGAGAUGGAACGAGUCAAAACCAGUCUGGAAUGUUUCAGCUGAAACCCCAAGGGACUGCAUUUAUACCAUAGAGGGGUAAUUUCUCCUUGUGGGCCAACAUGUCUGAUCUUAACUCUGCAGAUUUGUAACAUAUUAGAUGAAGAUUGCACUGUUUAAUAAACAACACUGUCAAAUA